UUAUAAACUAAGAAGUCGACAUUAACUGUUCCAUUUAGAUCAUGUCGUUGUGAAUAUGACCGGGGCAUUCUGGGAAUAACACAAGCGCCUGCCCGAGCAUGCGAAUCGUCCCUCCUGAUCAGAGAACUUGCAUUGCAUAUGUUCAUAAACUUGUGAAGGUCAUGAAUUUUUACAGCAACUUGAAUAGAAGAAAAAGAUGAACAUCAUGGUUUCGAGCUGCCUAAGUUUCUUCAAGUUGCCUUUUUGUCUAGCUCUUAUACUGUAUUCGACGCAAGCACCAUCUCAAGGCUGUCAUGUGGAGAAAAUAGGCCUCAAGCAGUGCUCAAAGCAAGAUGAGGGCUCUAUAGAAACAUGCUGCAUCGCCCUUAAUGCGGUGAUUCGAGAAGGAUUUGACUGCUUCUGCUCCCUGUUCACAUCUUCCGAACCGCUGCCCGGAAAUGGAUUCUCGUUGCUAUCGUCGAACUGCUAUCUAUCAAUACCUCCUCUGGCCCUUUGUCAAGAUGGCGCUCCGGCGGUAGUGUUUCCACCGAUCAUGCCAAACGACGGCGAGCUAGCUUCUGCUCUAGGAGGAGCCAACUCCGCAAAUGUCACACUGCACCGAGAUUCAACCGCCAAUCAAAACGGUGCCGAGAAAUUGGAUGCGUUCGGAGAUCCAAGUGAUGAGACAUCAGAUGGAGAAGAUAAGCCCACAGAGCUGCUGUACAAUGUUCUGUGUCUGUUCUUGUUAUUCAAGGUGUUAUGCUAUUGACAACAUCCCAGUACAUGUUUCUGCUCCGUCCAUGCUAAUAUCAACUAUGUUCAUCUUGAA